UCCUGUGAGGGACCGGAAAACAGUGACUACUGUGGGCGCCGCAAGUCAGCGGUUGCCCCUCAACUCUAUGGCUCUCUGUGGCUAGACGUGCCCAAUUUGGGUAUUUUUGAAGGCGGCUCAUGAGGCGACCCGGAAGCGGAAGUUGAAGAACGUUCUAGUAGCUUGAGGUACCGGCAGGAGCGGCCGAGUGGCGCGAGGAGCCGUUACCAGACCCGGAGCUGCAGGUUAAACCUGAUCAAGAUGACAACCUCCCAAAAGCACCGUGACUUCGUGGCAGAGCCCAUGGGGGAAAAGCCAGUGGGGAGCCUGGCCGGGAUUGGUGAAGUCCUGGGCAAGAAGCUGGAGGAAAGGGGCUUUGACAAGGCUUAUGUGGUUCUUGGCCAGUUUCUGGUGCUAAAGAAAGAUGAAGACCUCUUCCGAGAAUGGCUGAAAGACACGUGUGGUGCCAAUGCCAAGCAGUCCCGGGACUGCUUUGGUUGCCUUCGAGAAUGGUGUGAUGCCUUCUUGUAGUGCACUCUGGGGACUCCUCAGCCCCCCCCCCCCCCAGCCACAGAAUUGAGUCUCCAGAGUCUGAAGCCGGGCGGGGCUCCUCCCUGUCCUCCAUGAAGGGAAAGAUUACUGUUGUCACACUCACCUCCUAUGUUCUCUGGGGUCUUUUGGGAGUUCUCUCCCCUCAGCAUUUCAACCUCUUUAGAAUUCUUGUCCUUGCAUGCCUUGCCCCUUCUCCCUGUGCAGUUCAGUGACAGCAGUUAGCUUUCCUGAAUGGAUCCUGGCCCCUUUCUUCCGCCUUUCACCCUUUCACCAUUUGUUGGAUGCCCUUUGGCCUUUUUUUUUUUUUUUUUUUUUUUUUUUUUUUUUUUGCAGAAAUAGUCACUGCCCUUAUAAAGAUUUUUUAGGCUAAUAAAUUCAGUGGCCUUCAUUUCA